CGGAAAUGUAAUAAAAUUAACGUGAGGAGGUACAAAUGUUGACUGGAAAACUUAAGUGACAGUCAUUUUUGAAGGGCAUCGUCCGUUUUUAGAUUAUGUUGAAUGUUUUAUUUAUUUAGCUGUGUAUCAGAUUUAUUCCAGCAAAUUAUUUCGUUGUCGCGGUCUUUUUUCACCAGCCACAUGGCUUUCGCUGUUGAGUUGUAAGGUGCGUUAACUAAACUAGCUAGCCAAAUGUCGAAGUCUGUGUUAUUUUCGGUUUACCAAACAUUUAAAAAAUGCUUUCAAAUCUUAGAGAACAAUCAGAAAGUAUGGAAUUCAGUUUUGGCUGAAUGCAAGCCUUUAAUGGUUUCACUUGGAAACCUGGAAGAGCAGUUGAGGGCGUUUCAAAAGGUCCAAAUCGCCAACACCCCUCUUCACACCUUUCCUGAUCUGCACCAGCGUCUUCACUUCAAGCUCAUACAGGCAGUGGACAUAGUUUUGGGAAAACUCACUGACAAAAUGUGUUCUCUCCAGUCUGUGCGAGAUGCUAUCAGUAAUCAGGUGUCUGCUGCGUUCCAGUUGUAUGAGCAGAAUAUAGGCAGCCUUGACCUAGCUACCUGCACACAGAGAUCUGCAGUCGCUCCAUCCAUCGCUGACAUGUUGGAGUGGCUUCAGGAUGCGGAGCGUUACUAUCGUCAACAGUUUCUGAGAAGAAAGAACUUGCUGCUGACACUGAGGGCUGAUGACCUCUCCCUUCUGCAAACUGCUCCCAAGAGAUGGGAGUCCCUGGAAACACCCAGUGGAGAGGAGAGCAUAUCAGAUACACUGUUUAAAGUGUCCUUUUUUAUUGAGUCUCAGUGAAAGAGAACUACCAGGAUGUCUGCAAGAUGACUACCCGGUGGAUGUGAUUGUCCACUUUCAGAUGGUCUACAAUAACAGGACUCCGUAAUGGGUUGAAGAGUAAAAGAACAAACUGGGGUCAGGUUGAUCUUGACUUGGAUGUGUCAGCCCUGUUCGGUGCAGAGCACCUGACUGGACUGGAUGUGGACAAAGGAGAGGACUGAACAAGGCAGAGGACAGAGCGUCAGAAUUGUAACAGAGCUCUGUUACCAUUCUAGCUCAGGUCUUUGCUGUUGUAUCACUGUUGACUUCUAAGCAAAAAAAAAAAUGUAUUGUGGACAAACAUUUGAAAUGUCAUGGAGUAUAUGAGAAAUGAUAAGUAGACAACUUUUGUUACACCUCUCUUGCUCCAACUAUCUGUUUUAUUCAGGUUCCCAUUUCCUCAGAUCAAACGGUUGGCCCUUGCUAACCUGAAAGAUCAAAUGAAUUUGACAGGAACUCCAACAGCCUAUAGGAGGGCUAGAUUGAGCCAUCAUUAUAUUACCCACGGUCAGAGCAACAGGAACACAUUUGGAGUUGUGCACAGAUAUGAGCCCCAAUACUCUGGGCAAACAGUGAAAAAAUAUCAGUUUGUCAUGAACUAAACAUAUGUAAAAACAUAACACCCUUGGAAAAAAUCUGUUUAUUCUUUUAAAAUUUUUGACUUAUUCAAACUCCAUUACAUAGUCAUGAGACAAAAUCUGUGAAGUAAUUUAACAGACAUCUGAGAAGAAUUGUGAAAGAAAUCAAUCAAAUCUUCACAACACAAGGCACACAAAACAAAUAUCUUAAAGAUGUUUAUGGUGAUUGAUGUCGUGUCUUCCAGGCAUCCGCUGAAGUAUUGUGAGCUGUCUGUGCACUAAUACUAUAUAUCACGAUGUAAUAAAUGUGUAUUGUAGUCAAUAAAUACAUUAGAAUACAAAUGAGGCGAAUAAUGAAAGGCAUAAUGGAAAGUCUCUAGAGAUAAAUAUGUACAAAUACAUUUGAAACAUAUUAGUUCCAAUAAAUAAAAAUGCAUCAGGUUCACAGUAAAA